AUGGAUACUAACCCUGAACUCUUUUGUUUCGAUCCUACCAUUGCUACCGCUACCGCUGCCACUGUUCGAACAGACGAUGAGAGCAUGAUGAGGAUGAUGAUGGAACCGGAUCCAGUUCAAGACGUGGCGUGUGGUGACGUGGUGUCGGAAGCAAAUAAUGCCAAUUCGGCUCCUCGAAUGCUUUCCAGUUGUACACCUGUUCAAAAAACGUUGGAGGCACCAGUAACAGCCACUAAUCCAUCAUCAACGGAGGGUCUUAUGACUUCAGCAGAGUUGCCUCAACAUCUGGAUUUCGGUCGGUUGAUGGAGUUCAAUCGUGAGUUGACCACGAGGUAUGCCAAACUGCAGGCGCAGUUCGCUGAACUCGUGAGUGAACACAAUCGUUUGCAAUAUAGGCACAAUAUGAUGGAGCUAGCGGCUUUGCACAACUCUCAGGGCACUGAACCAAAGCAGGGCAAAAGUGGCGACGACGCUCUGUUGGCAGCACAGUAUCGCUCCGACCUACGCAAGAUGACCUCCGAGAAGGAAAUGGUGUGCCACCAAGCGUCACAACUGCGCGAGGACCUCCGUCAGACGGCUACUCGUCUAAGAUUCCUGCAGACCUGUGUAUCCCAACUGCAACAGCGAUUGAUCCAACGCGAUCGCGUUAUCCAAAAGUUAAUGCAAGAGCGGGCGCUCAAUGUUGUACGCGAUGUUCAGACACGGAUGUUGCGCAGUGAGUUGGUGGAGACACGAGGCGGCAUUCGAGUUAUCGUGAGAUACCUUCCGACAGUUGAAGAGUUUAGCAAUAUCGAGAUAGUCAAUUCAAACACCAUCUCCAUUCGCAGACCCAUCUUCACGUUUACCCAACUUAAGAAGAAACAUCAAGGCGAGCAUUUCAGUGUCUUCAGCAUUCACAGCAAUACCACCUCCAAUGGUGUCAUCUUUGCUGAUGUUAGAGACUAUGUUGAGGCCUGUGUUGAUGGCAACACCGCUGCAAUAAUUGCGAAUGGACCAAAGGGCACAGGAAAGACGCACACAAUGGUGGGUCCUGCACAUGACGCUGGCAUCAUUCCACGAGCUCUCAGUCUCAUCGCCCAACUCUGCACUGAUCGAAUGGCCUUAUGGGAGUUUAAGAUCUCCCUCAGUGCCAUCCAGGCAAGCUGGUUUGCCUCCGACAACUCUGAACGUCUAACAAGGAUCACUCUGCAUGAUGAUGGUUCUAGCAUUGUCUUAAAGAAUGUCACUGAAUUGGAGGCAAACACGGAGGACAGGUUAAUCCAGAUCUUUUGUGAUGCCUGGCAGGCUCAUUCCAAGUCAAGUCACGUUGAUUCCGCUCACUUUAUUGUACUGGUGCGCAUCAAGGCCUUUGGGAAGGUGCCGCUGGCCAAACUAGCCAAAAUGGGAACAACGACAGGCGCACAGACAUCGCAAUCGCUUGUGCGAUGUCAUCAAAUUAUCAGCCAUGGUUUCCUCAUUUUGUGUGAUUUGGUCAGUUUUGAUCGACCUCGAACAAAAAAGGCUGCAAGUACCCCUGUAUGGGUAGGCAAAACAGAGAGACAAAACCAAAUGGUAAAUGAUAUCUCUGGAACUGUUUUGGGAAGAGUUUUUGAAGCCAUGCGUCACAAUGCAACGCAUCCACACUCACCGAUCCCAGUGCCCUAUCGAGACUCUAAACUGACCCAUCUACUUAAACCGGCUCUGCUCUCGGAGGCCAAGUGUGCGAUAAUUUCCACCAUAUCACUGCGUACGAGCAUGUUCAAGUCAACAUACCGUACCCUACAGUUGACUGAGAAGGCGGCAGCAGCUGGCUUCACGUCAUGA